UUGUCCGUUGACGUCACUCCAUUUUACUCCCAGCAUUCCCCGCUACAGCUCUCAUCUUGAGGUUCAGAGCAAGAUGGCGGAUAAAGCAGUGGCCCUGGCCGAGAAGAGGCUUAUGGACGUGAAGCUCGGGCAACUGCCAGCUUGGCUCGGAACAAGAGACUUCACACCAAAUGGAGUUGUUAGAGGAAUUCGUGGAGGCUAUGACAGAUAUUACAACAAAUACAUCAAUGUGAAGAAAGGUGGCAUUGGUGGAAUUGCCAUGUUCCUUGCUGGUUACGUUAUCCUGAGCUACGCCUGGGAAUACGACCACAUCAAGCACGACAGGUGGAGGAAGUACCACUGAAACCAAUGGACCACCGGGCCGCUCAAAUCUAUCUUCUGCAGCAGUGUGAUCCCCUCUCAGCUUUCUCUUUGUGACUGUUGUGACCAAGAAUAAAAUGACAUUUAUUUAAAA